AUGUCCUCGGACAGCGCUGCUGCUGCGACCUGUGAACCGGUACAGGUUACCCCAAAUCGUUCCGUAGGGCUCUUUGCGCUGGGAGCAUCCGUCCAGAGCGUUUUGUCGUACCUAAAGUCUGAGCCGGCUACCUAUUCGACCAUCGAUGUAUCGUAUUCCCAUGACGCCCCCAUAGCAAGUCCCAUCCUUAUCAGCCUUCCACGGAACGGUCUGCGGUUACGCUUCGACGGCCAAGACCAACGCUUGCGCUUGAUCGAAGUGCUGGACUUCACCAAGACAAGGCUGGGCUACAAGAAUGAUGAAAUAUUUAGGCACGCCGGUGGAGCGGAAGGUCGGCCAGGCACCGCAUCCUCCACGGGGCCGCUCUUUCGACACGUUUACAACCUGAUGGGUCCCACAUUCGCCGGAGAGUACAUGCCACCAACGUCCGACGGAGAAGGUGCCAGAGGCACGUACAUCCUCUCAUACCCGGGAAUGGCUUUCAGCUUCCCGCUGCUAGCGUCGGCUUGGUCGCCGACAGUGGAUUUUGUCUCGCUGCUAUACUCGUCCGCAACUUCCCCGGCGACAAACAUGGUUGUCUUCAACGGCGAGUCCUGGCAGGAAGCCCGACAGAGUCUCUUUACCCGCAGUCCGCCAAACCCCAGAUCGCUGUGGCUUGCUGGCAAGGGCAGUGAUAGUGGUGCUCCUGAUGAGAUAGAGGCAGCGAAGAUCUACGGGGAAGGACGGAUAGAGCUUGUCAGGAGAUCAAGCCCGUCUUUCUGGAUUAUCCUUAGCGAGACCACUCCACAGGACUUGGUUGCCGAGCUGGGUCCGCCAGACGCGAUCUACAGGAAGAGCGACCGGCGCCUUUCCAUCCAUCGAACACCUACACCGAAUGGUGUUUCGGGUCUCGCAGACGGUAUUGGCAAUGCGGCACGUGACAACAUGCAGGCCGACGACUCUGAGUCAAACCACUCCUCUGCGCUUCAUACGGAUUCUGAGCACGAAGCGCUGUCUGAUGGUGACGAGGAUCAAUUCGAUGACUCCGAUGGGGACACCGACCUCUCCACGCCAGAAGAUAGCGAAGUCACAGGUCGCCAGCACGAGAACAGGGAGUGUUUCUACAACUACUUCCACCACGGUUUCGACCUACUCAUCUCAAAACCUACCCACCCGAGUCCACCAUCACCAACUGCCGAUCGCCGAGCAUCGCCCGAAGAGCGCUCGAGCAGCCCUUCCAACGGCGAUCCAUGUCUGCCCAGCAACCAUCUUACUGCCACUAAGAUCAGCUUCCAUGGCAACGUGCCAGGCUCUUACUCCUUCAACCGCCACCGCCGCAGCCGGUGGACGCUUGAACACGUCCCGACAGAGCAUUAUCGCGAGCCUCUGAACUCAGAAAUGUCAUUCACAGACAUCUCUGGCCGGCUCAAGGAAGUCUACCGCGGCGCCUACGCUAGCAAGGAGGAAGAGAGGCUCCACCAAAGGGGCAUGGUAAUCAAACCCGGCUUGGGGGACAGUCCAGGAAGCAGCUGCGAGUUGCUUGGCGGUUGGGAAGACAGCACCGUUGUUGCAGGUGCGAGAAAUCCGAGCACUGAUGCCACGGCAGUGAGCGGUGAGAGUGGGCUGACGACGGAGUUAUUUGGGUUUCCCGGGAUGGUGUUCGAGGUCAUGAAGAAUGGCGCUGUGAGCUGCUUGACUGUUUACUAG